AUGCCGUACAACGACUACUUCGAGUGCGGCACUUGCGGCAAGGGGUUCCCCAACGGCUGGCGAGCCCGAGAGAACCACUGCUGGUCUGUAGGCCAUUGUCUUCCCAAUUUCGAAUGCGACACCUGCCAUCGAGGAUUCAACACCCAGAAUGCCUGCAUCCAGCAUAUGGGUGCCAUGAACCACUUCGCACACGAGUGCUCCGUCUGUGGUGAGACCUGGCCCACCGAAGAGGAAUGCAUCGAUCACGAAGCCGACGAGCACUACUACUGUGCCAGCUGUGAUCGUUGGUUUCAGAAUGCCAACAACGUCAAGAUGCACCGACGCUCUCGAGCUCAUCUCGGCCAACCGCUCGAUUGUCCUUUUUGCCAGGACCCAUUUACGACUGCUACUGGAGUGGUCCACCACCUCGAGUCGGGCCGCUGCCCCAGGGCCAGGGGCUUGAGCCGCGAUGCCAUCUACAAGUUCGUCCGCGCAAGAGACCCCAACGGCGUCGUCACCAAGAAGCUCGUUGGCUGGGAAGGCUCGUAUGAAUAUGAAGCCAACGAAAAUUGCUGGAACGGCUACUGCUACGAGUGCUAUAUCUGCCACAGGGAGUUUAAAACCCUCGACAGCCUCAACCAGCAUCUGAAGUCGCCUACGCACCAGCAGGCCCUGUACCACUGUCCCAACCCGAAUUGCCGCCUGGACUUCAAAGUUCUUGCCGGAUUGUUCAAUCAUCUUGACAGCGAAUCCUGCGGCAUGAUGAGAUUCGAGCAGGUCCAAAAGGAGUUUGUCAACAUCGUCAGUGGAGCUCGUCGCAUUGCUUUCUAA